AUGGGUCAGCCUCGUCGCAAGAGAAACCAAAGGGUCUCUCAUGAAUCCGACGAUACGCCGCUCUUUGAAAACGAGAAUGCAGCUACUGAAUCUUUCCGUGAAAGGCUUCAUAAUCUUUGUCAAACAAGCCAGCUCCAGGAAAGUUCGAUGCCAGUUGUAGCUGGCGAGGUCCAGCUUCAAUUUCGCGGGGCGAUUGAUCCGCCAUCAACAAUGCAGCAAUACAGCCGCAACCAUGCUGCAGUUAGGUUUCAAAACAAGAAGUCUUUAUUUGACCUGGCUGAUGCCUUCUCCGCAGCAGGGGUCGAACUUCGCUCGGCUGCAUUGAACAAUCUUGGAGAGUCGGAGCAAGUAAUACAGAAAAGAAUCGAUGCAUAUGAUUGCGAUGUUACGAAUGCUAUCGUUGCAAAGGAAAAGGUCGAUGGCUAUGCCUCCAACCCGCUCUCCUCAAUCCUAUGCGAGGGGGAUAGUAGUGCCACUGCUACUAUUGAAACUCAUCUACUGAAUCUUCAGAGAACGCUCCAAGAGGGUGAAAGGUCCCUUCAAACACUCCAGGACCAGUGGAAUGAGUGCGCUGUUGCAGAGGUAGAGGCACGGCGCUCACUGGCACUUUCAGAUGCUGAAAAUGACGGGAAAGAUACAAUGGACCUGGAUGAAUUGCUCCACGAAGUCAACGAGGCUGAACAAAAUGCCCUGAAGGAAAUUGAGAAUGAAGAAACGAAAUAUCGCGAGAAAAUCCAAGAAGCGACACUGUUCAUGAUGCACUCAAUUAUGGACGAGUAA